AUGGUAGGAAGUGAUGAUGGGGAACAGCCUCUACUGCUCGUCCUAGAUCAUCAUCAUAGAACCUCCUCUUCUCCCUUUCGGAUGCUACAAGAUGACAACGAUGCUAAUCCCUGGAUCGAGGUAGACCUCGUUAAUAGUACCGUGGUGUCGGGUGUCGUCACACAGGGCGAAAACUAUUGGGUUGUGACGCAGUACAAAGUGGAGUAUAAGAAGCAGCCCACAUCUAAAUGGCAAAACGUGACAGAUGGAAACGGAAACACCAAGUUGUUCAUCGGUAACAAUCAAGUUGAACUGAACGCCCCGGUCACUAAUUUGUUUGAUGAGAGUGUGGUGGCCACGGUAGUGCGCAUUGUGCCUACUAAACGGAUAAAUGGUGUUGCUCUGCGAUUGGAGUUUCUUGGGUGUCGCCUGGGUUAA